CCUAUAAAGGGCCAGCCUGAGCUGCAGAGAAUCCCUGCAGAGGAUCCUGAGACAGCACGUGGAUCUCCCACAGCCUCUGCUCACAGCUACCAUGAAGGUCUCCGCUGCCGCCCUCGCUGUCAUCCUCGCCAUGGCUACCCUCUGCGCUCCUGCAUUUGCCUCCCCACAUGCCUCGGACACCACACCCUGCUGCUUUGCCUACCUCUCCCGCCCGCUGCCCCGCACCCACCUCCGGGAGUAUUUCUACACCAGCAGCAAGUGCUCCAUGGCAGCAGUCGUCUUUAUCACCAGAAAGAAUCGCCAGGUGUGUGCCAACCCAGAGAAGAAAUGGGUGCAGGAGUACAUCAACAUUUUAGAGUUGAGCUAGGAUAAAGGACGCCUUGAAACUGAACUUGUGCAAACUUUGCUUCUUGCUCUUGUCCUAACCAGCUUGGGAGGUUUCCCCCCAGUGCCCUCCUCCCACCCGCUCUUUGGAGGGCACAGAUUCCACCACCUGCAGCAGCUGCUGUAAAAGCCUCCUAGGGCUCCUGGGGCUCUGCCUUGUGCACAGGAGGUCUCUAGGCUCCGAGCUUCAGAGCCCUCGCCCGGCCGCCGCUCUGCAGUCAGGAAGGAUGUCAGCGCCUCUGGAGGCGAAGGAGGGAGGGAGACUGGGCUUCUACGGUCAUGCCCCAUGACCAAAGCGCCUAUCUCAGCCCCUCACUGGAAGGGCUGACUGGCAAAUGUAAGAAAUCAGAGUUUCAUUAAAAUUCUCAAUGCAAUU